CUGAGAGAAACAGAGCACUGGAGGAGAGAAAAAUAUACUAUCUUUGAUCUCUCUCUCUCUCUCUCUCUCUUCAAAGAGAGUUUUUAGAGAGAGAAAGUGAAGGAGAAGAAGAAGGGGGGUUUCUUUUUUUCCUCUCAUUUUCUCUCUCCUCUCUCUCUGUUGCUCUUUUAUUGAUGAAAGAAGAAAAUUUUGGAUACAGGUCACUCUCUCUCAUCCCUCAUUGCUCUGCUCAUUUCUCUUCUGUUGCCUUUUACUGUUUUUCCCCUAUACUUUGCUGAAGUGCGUUUAGUCUGUACUUCCUUUUUUUAGGGUUAGGGGCAUUCAUUGUUGGCCAACUGCUCUCUACUUGUUGAGGAAUCUUUAGCAAGAGAGGAUUUUUAUUUUAUUUAUUUGUUCUCCCUUAAUUGGGGGUCGGUUUCUGAAGUGGGUUUUGGGAAUUGUUGGGUUUUCUGGAGGAAAUGAAGGUUUUUGGCAUCUGGGUAUUGGUGGAACUGAUGAAUGUGACUAGAUUUUUUAUGUGGGUUUUGUUUAAUUUUCAGGACUAGGGUUUUGGGCUCGGGGUUCUGUUGAAGAUUAGCGGGGGGGAAAGCUUCCUUUUUUUUUUUAAGUUUCUCAGUGUAUUUGGCAAAGGGCUCUAUCAAUAUAAAUUUAUAUAAAUUUCUCUUUGAGUUCAGUGCCUUGAGAAUUUUGAAUGAGAAGCUGAAAUAGAGCCUCUAGCAAUAGAGAAAUGGGCUGUGCUCUAUCAAAACAUGAAGGGGAUGAGGCUCUUUUCCUCUGCAAAGAGAGAGUUCGAUUCAUAAAACAAGCAAUGGAUUCGAGAUUUGCUCUAUCAGCAGCUCAGCUCUCUUAUACCCAAUCCCUUCGGAGUGUAGGAAUGGCUCUAAGACAAUUUGCAGAAUGUGAGAAUUUAGUAGAAUCAUCUCUAUCAACUUCAGAGCCUGAUAAAACUCCAUCUCAUUCAUCUUAUGCUUCGCCUUCGCCUUCUGGGAUUCCUGAGCAAAUUAUCUCUCCUAGAAAUAGUGGUAGUCCUCUGUCGCCUCGGUUAUCAAAUACGAGUUAUAUGAGAGCAACCACAAAUUCUCCUCUGAAAUUCACAGUUGAUUCAUCUUCUAACAGUCAUUUUGUCGAAGAGGAGUCACUCACUUUUCCAUUUCCUCCCCCUCCUCCACCGCCACCAUUGGAUUCGGGUUUUUCAUGGGACUUCUUUGAUCCUAUUGAUGCAAAGGGCAAUGCCAAAGUCUCUAAUGGAGGAAGCGGCAUAAACGAAAACUUUAGCAGAUUGGUGGGUCUGAAUCAUGAGAAGGAAGAGGGUAUGGCUACUAUAAUCGAAGAGGAAUUGAGGCCAAUUCAAUCUAAUGAGGAGUUUAGAUGGGCCAAGGAUAAUUCAAAUGGUAAUGAUUGUGGUUCUACUAAUGGUAAUGGCAGUGAGAGACCUGCUGUUUCUAAAGAAAACGAAUUUGUUGAUGAUAGCAGACAUAAAACUAAUAAGGGGAGUAUCGAUGAAGCUGUUGAAGUUUUUCCAAGAGCGAAUUCAGCUGAGUUAAACAAAUCAAAGGGGGAGAAGGAUGGGAUGGAUAAAGAACUGUGUACUGCAAGAGAGGAUGCUUCUAAGUUCAUUACUCAUAGGGCUAAAGAUUUUGCUUCCAGUAUAAAAGACAUUGAGCACCGGUUCGCCAAGGCAGCAGAAUCCGGUCAUGAGGUUUCAAGGAUGCUCGAGACGAAGAAAAUCAGGCUUAGUAUCUCUUCUGAGAUUAUAGGAAAAUCUUCUACUUCUAUAUUUAUGUCAGUCCUUUAUCCACCCUGUUGCAUAGGAGGGAAUGCAGCUGAAAAUGGAACUGCCCCUCAUAUGACAAAGGUUAUUACUUGGAAUCGGUCAAUUUCAUCACAAUCAUCAUCAUCUAGAAUUCCUCUUACAUCGGCAUCAAAAGACGAUUGUGGUGAAAGUUGCAGUGAUUUUAUUGAAGAGUUUUGUAUGAUUUCUGGAAGCCACUCAUCAACAUUGGAUAGACUGUAUGCAUGGGAAAGAAAACUAUAUGACGAAGUGAAGGCUAGUGAGGCCAUCAGGAAGGCAUAUGAUCAAAAAUGUGCCCAGCUCAGACACCAAUUUGCCAAGGAUAUGAAUGUCCAAGUGAUUGAUAAAACACGAGCUACUGUGAAGGAUCUCCACUCACGAGUAAUGGUGGCAAUUCAGGCAGUUGACUCAAUAUCUAGAAGGAUUGAGAUGUUGAGAGAUGAAGAAUUGCAGCCACAACUGUUGGAAUUGAUACAAGGCUUAAUCCGAAUGUGGAAAGCUAUGCUCGAAUGCCACCAUGCGCAACACAUCACCAUCUCACUAGCCUACCACAUGAAAGCUUCAACAGCAUCACAACACAGUGAAUCAUACAAGCAGACAAUCGCACAUCUUCAAAAUGAAAUUGAGUGUUUCACCUCAAGCUUUGAGAAUUGGGUGGAUGCUCAGAGAUCAUACGUCCAAGCUCUCAACUCCUGGCUUCAGAAGUGCAUCUUGCCUCCUCAGGAACGGUCCUGGAGAAGGAGGGUUCCUUUCUCUCCUCGCCGAGCCCUUGCUCCCCCUAUCUUCGUUCUCUCUGCUGAUUGGUUGUCUGGAAUCAACUCGCUUCCUUCGAAAGAGGUUACUGAUUCUCUAAAACGGUUGGUAUCGGAUCUUCACAAUUUGUUUGAGCAUCAGAAAGAAGAGAAAGAAGAAGAUCAGAAGCCUGAGAUCAAUAGAGAACAGGAGCAGGAGGCAAACACGGAAGAGAAAUGUGAAGGGAGAACAAAUUUCGCAAGGUUGCAGGCGAGUCUAACGAGACUGUUUGAUCAGCUGACGAAGUUCUCCGAGGCUUCAGCGAAAGUGUGCGAGAAUGUGAAGAAAGGAACGGAAGAGGCUUGCGAUGCGUAUAUCAACGGUGGGCGGUUCAGAUUUCAUCAGGGGUUGGAUGCAUUGCCUUUGUAAAUCUUGUUUUUUCGUUUUCGAGAUAUUUUGUAUGGAUCAGUUGUGCUCUUUUAAGUUUUAUUGGAAAGAGUACUGGGAAAAUUGCAGGUGCUGAUACGAGGCAGCCGUGAUUUUUUUUUU